AUGACCGAAAAUCUAUUCCGUGCGUUCAAGGGCCCAUCGACCUGUCUAUCCAUUGAAUGGGACAUCAUUCCCGCGCGACGUUUCCGAGAGAAGGUGGCGCUAAAACUCGAAUCCGAGUAUCCCUUGAAUGUUUCAUGGAGAAGGUUGAUUGGAUCAGCCCGAAGAAAGGUGAACGGGAAAAGCUUGGAAAGCGCAUUGCGUCGAGAUAUGUCCGUCAAUAUGAGCCCGUGA